AUGGAUAUCGAUACCCAAAGUCAGAGCCUCUCGCCAGGCGCUGCAACUCACAACCCCAAUCUCAUCCUUCCAGCAACUUGCGACCCACCAUCUGAGCACAAUCCGCCCAAGCGAGCAGUAUGGAUAGUAUUCGGAGCGACCGGUCACAUGGGACGAUCCCUCGUUCGAGCGAUACUGGCGCACGGCGACCAAUGCACCGCGGUGGGAUGGACCGAAGAGAACACACCUGAGCAGAUGGAUAAGUGGAAGAACAGAAACUGCUUGGGCUUGCUAUGCGAUGUGAGAGUGCGCGAGACAGUGGACCAGGUCAUCAGGAAGAGCAUCGAAUACUGGGGCCAGGUGGAUGUCAUAGCGAACAGCACCGGCUACGGCGUCAUAGCAGCAUGCGAGGACCAGGACGAGUACGACCUGCGCAAUCAAUUCACCACAAACUUCCUUGGAACCCUACACAUCUUGCAACUCUCCCUCCCCUACUUCCGCUCUCAGAACUCCGGUCGAUACCUCAUAUUCUCAUCCACAGCUGGAGCCCUUGGCGUGCCUGGCCUGGGCCCGUAUUGUGCGACCAAGUACGCUGUGGAAGGUCUGAUAGAGUCGAUGUUGUACGAAGUCGAUAUAUUCAACAUCAAAGCCACACUUGUCGAGCCUGGUCAUGUUCGAUUGGACGAGCCAGAUGACAAUAUAUUGCCACCCAGCUAUACUUCGAUGCCCGUUCCAGGAACAGGUCCGCCGAAGCCGAAACGUUACGGUCAUUUCUUCGUGAAACCGAACCCAAGCGAGCCCUAUGCGGGACUGACAAGCCCGGCGCAACACGCGCGACGGAUGGUACAGUGGCUGAACGAUAGACAACCGGUGAGCGCUGUGAAGAGCGCAGAGUUGGUGUGGCAAUUGGGUCAUUGCAGCUACCCUCCGUUGCGAUUGAUUCUGGGCAGCUAUGCCGUGGAAAGCAUUCGCGACAGGCUGAAGAGUAUCACUGAAGAGAUCGAGGAUUGGAAACAUCUUUCGUUCCCUGUUUCCAUGCCUCCGGAGGAAGAGGACGGAAAAGACAAUCUCAAAGAGGAGCAGGAGCAAGACGAUGAACAGAUGCAGGACUGA